AUAUUUUGACAUAUUAUAACAUCUUGUUUGUCUAUUACACAAUGAUAAACGAUUAAGAAAAAAUAAAUGUCGUCAGCACAACUUAUUAAAUAAUAACAUAAAAUUAGUCUUGUCUUAUUCAAGCUGGCAUCAAAACGACUGUACGUAUUGGGAUUCCACGGCUUCUCCCCAACUGUUUCCUAUCGUGCUGCUUUUCGUGGCUUUUAUAACCAGUAUCGUAAUAAAUCGGGCAUGUCUAACUACGCAGCGGAGGCGCCGGCUGGUCCCGGGCCGGGUGCGCGCGGUUCUCCUGUCACUAUAGAGAAUGCUUCGUAUUCCGUACUAAAGAGAUAUGAUAAUAUUGUUAAAUCUAAAGAAGAUAAACGAGAAUACAGAGGUCUAGAGUUGACAAAUAGAUUAAAAGUAUUAUUAGUAAGCGAUGAAACAACUGACAAGUCAGCGGCAGCCUUGUGUGUUAAUGUUGGUUACCUAAGUGAUCCUGAUGAAUUGCCAGGCUUGGCACACUUCUGUGAACAUAUGCUGUUCCUCGGCACUAAGAAAUAUCCACAGGAGAAUGAAUACAACAAGUUUCUAUCUGAGCAUGGAGGCUCAUCAAAUGCAUAUACAACACCGGAUCAUACUCUUUUCUACUUUGAUGUCUUACCACAACAUUUACCUCAGGUUUUGGAUAUCUUCUCGCAGUUCUUCAUAUGUCCGCUGUUCACGGAGUCAGCGACCGGGCGCGAGUUGAACGCGGUGGACUUUGAGCACGAGAACAACGUGUACAACGACACAUGGAGACUGACACAGUUCAACAAGAGUACAUCAACACCUGGUCAUCCUUAUACCAAGUUUGGCACUGGAAACAAGCAAACAUUGGAAGUAAUACCAAAGCAGAAGGGUAUCGACGUGCGCAAGGAACUGCUCAAAUUCCACCACACCUGGUACUCCGCUAAUAUUAUGGCUUUAGUCGUAGUCGGGAAAGAGAGCCUAGAUGAAUUGGAAGAGAUGGUGGCACCUCUCUUCACUGCUAUUGAAGACCGCAAUGUAACCGCUCCCUCGUGGCCGCAGCAUCCCUACCCCCCCGAGCUGUGUCGCAGGCGCGCCUACGUUCUGCCCAUCAAGGACCUCAGGACUUUGUCUAUAGAGUUUCCUAUACCUGAUUACCUCAAAUAUUAUAAAAAUGGGCCACUAUACUACUUGACAAGUUUGGUGGGACACGAGGGUCCCGGCAGUUUGCUCGCCGCGCUCAAGGACAAGGGCUGGGUCGACAGUUUAGUGGGGGAUGCUCGCACUGGGGCGCGCGGCUUCGGCUUCUUUGCGGUACACGUCGACCUCACGGAAGAUGGUCUGGACCAUAUAGAUGACAUCGUUAAUAUGCUCUUCCAGUACAUUUCAAUGCUACGUGAGGAAGGUCCACAGCGUUGGUUGUGGGAUGAACAGAAAGAUAUAUUGUGGAUGGAUUUCACGUACAGAGACAUGAUCGAGCCGAAGAGUUGUGCUAUAAAACAUGCGCGCAUGCUACAGGAGUUUCCAAUGGAGGACAUCCUGAGGGCAUACUACUACCUAUCGGAUUGGAAGCCGGAGCUGAUCGAGGAGGUACUGACCCGACUGGUGCCAAACAACGUCAGGAUUGGAGUUGUCGCCAAACAUUUUGCGGAGAAAUGUACUCAGAUAGAACCUUGGUACGGUACAAAAUAUUAUGAGGAGGAGAUCGAGGAGAGCAAAAUAAAGGAGUGGGAGAAGGCUCGCGCUGGUGGGGAGCUGCAUUUACCACCUCCCAAUGAAUUUCUGCCUGACCGCCUCGAGCUGGAGACAUCGCACGACUCUACCACUGACUCCAUCGCACCCAUCAUACUUAAGGACACGCCCCUGAUGAGAUUGUGGUUCAAACGAGACAAUGAGUUCAAGUUACCUAAAGCGUACCUCACUGUGGACUUCUUCAGCCCGGUGUCGUACGCGGACCCCGAGAGCAGCGCGUUGAUGUCGAUGUGGAUGUUGCUGGUGCGGGACGGGCUGCAGGAGUACGCGUACGCGGCGGACCUCGCCGGACUCAGGUGGCACGUCACUGUCGCCAAGCAGGCGCUCAAUAUUUUCAUCGAGGGGUACGACGACAAGCAGCACGUGCUGUUGGACAAGAUAGUAGAGCACGUGGUGCACUUCAAGGCCGACCCUAAGAGAUUUAAAAUUAUGAAAGAAAAUCAUAUCAGAGCUUUAAAGAACUUCGAUGCUGAACAACCUUAUCAGCACGCAUUCUACCAACAAACUCUAUGUCUUGUUGAUGUCGCGUGGACACGAUGCGAGUUGCUAGCAGCUGCUAAAGAUAUAAGUGUGGAGAAGUUGGAGGUGUUUGUGUCCCGUCUGCUGAGGAAGGUGCAUGUUGAAGCUUUCAUGAUGGGGAACAUCACCAGGGAGAAAGCGCUCAACAUGGCUGACAAUAUUGAGAACAAGUUACCAAAAGAUGCGACACCCUUGUUAGCGCAGGAAUUAAUAUCGUACCGUGAAGUUGAAUUAGGCAAAGGUUGUUGGUUCCUGCGUCGUACAGAGAACAGCGUGCACAAGUCGUCGUGUGCCCUCGUGCACUACGCGUGUGGGGCGCGCACAUCACGCGCUAAUGUCACGUUGGAACUUGUCGCUCACGUGCUCUCGGAGCCCACAUUCAAUGUGCUCAGGACUAAGGAACAACUGGGCUACUUGGUGUUCAGUGGUGUGAGGCAAGGGAACAGUUGUCAGGGUCUGCGGCUGGUGGUGCAGAGUGACCGACAUCCUGACUAUCUGGAGCAGAGGAUAGAGGCCUUCCUCAAGACGUCACAGGAAGACUUGGAGAAGAUGAGCGAGGAACAGUUCCUGAAGCACAGGUCCACGUUGGCGGCGCAAAGACUCGAGCGACCGAAGCGCAUGUACAGUAAAGCUUCGCGCAUCUGGUCAGAGAUUGUCAGACAGGUGUACAACUUCGACAGAGCUCGUGUUGAAGUAGAACAAUUGAAUACAAUCACUAAAGAUGAAUUGUUGCAGUUCUACAAGAAACACAUAAGUCCGGAGUCAGAGGAGAGACAGAAGUUGUCGGUGCACGUUGUGUCCACUGCUGCAGGCGGCGCGGGGACAUCCACACAGACACAUACAGAACAUGACACAGAAGAUAACGACCAACAGAGUCAAGUAAAAGCAGUGCGUAUCGAAGACUUGGUCGAUUUCAAAUGUCGCCGACGACUGUAUCCGCUACCCGCGCCGCACACAAACAUACCGCGCAAGGGAACUCACUGCAAAUUAUAAAUAAAAUAUAUUUACUAACUAGAAAACAUUCUUUUAAUAUAACUUUUAAUUACUUCCUCUGUAGAAAAAUCUGCAUUUCUUAGUUAAGUGUGACAUACACAAGGCAACGUAAGUCGUCGACGUGAGUCGCCUGGUCUUAUAAUGAGUACAUUGGUUGGAGUUACUAUACAGAAGUCUUAUUUUAUAAAUUGCAGCGACUUUUGUCGACGACAUUAAUAAACAAGUAGCAAGCAAUCUUCUUUGGCGAUGAAAUGUCGGCGACGCAAAAUGUACAAUCGACUACUUAAAUCGCCGGUAUCCGAAGAUUUACGUCGCCUUGUGUAAGCACUAAGACCUAAACUAACUUUAAUUGAAUAAAGUUCUUUAUAUUUUGAUUCAAAUUAAAGUUUGAAUUUUAAAUUUUGUUGUAAAAAAU